AUUUAAUAUUCUUCAGUUAUGUGAUGCAAAAAAAAGACCUCGAGCUAUUUUUUAUUCAAGUCGCGUGACAAUCAGGUGACGAACAGCGAAAAUACCAGCGAAGCAUUUUCGUUUUAGUACAGGAAUUGAAGGUAAGUAUUUAGUCCUUCCUUCCUUAGUAUAUCAAAUAGUUCUUCACAGCCAAUUCUGUUCGAAAGUGAAGCGGUAAGUAAGGUUGAGAGAACUUUUUGAUAAUCGUGCUGUUGGUCAGUCAUCUGAUAGGACUCGAUAAAAAGUUUACUUGUCUUCCGCUCAUAGCUCACAGUUCUUCAUCGUCUCUCGAGGAGAAAAAUACCAGCAAAGCAUUUUCAGUUUUGUACAGGAAUAAAAGCUAGGUAUUUACUUUUUUCUUUCUCAGUAUAUGAAAUAGUUCUUCGUUCUAUGGCUCAGUCUGAACGGCUAACAUAAAAAUCAAAACUGAUUGACAAAUUUCAAGACAUCAUGCCUGUGAUCUUGUUUGUCGAACUGAAUUCCGUUUACAUCACGUUCUCGUUUUCAAUUGUAAUCAUCUUAAAGAACAUCUUUUGCAAAAUCAAAUGGCGUUCAGUUAAGAGUUUCCUAAAGGAAUUUUAUGUCACAUUUCGUUACAACUCGGUUUGUGCUGAUGAGACAAAAUCGUACGAACAUUUCUCAAAGUUGAUUCGUGUAGAUAGAGGCCACAUCCUGAUUCGCUCUGACGAAGGGCUAACGCUAGAACUAGAAACGAUCUGACAAAGGGCGACCGCUAGAAACGUAGGCCUCAGAAAGUCUUUAUCAUGUUAUUUUAAAAAAAUCAGAGUAUCCGAACCGGCAACAAUCGACUGACCACAACUUUUCUUUCGACUUUAAAAUGACUUCCGCUCAGGUUUUUGAAACAUCAGUCGCUAUUACCGAUAACUGUCCCUCACCCGGACGAUCAGACUACACGAUCAAUUAGGUGUAGUGCCGACCUCUUAAAGUAAACCAGACUUUGGAUGAUUUUGAAUUCUAAGUGCAGUUCACGGCAACGAUUGUGCGCGAUUGUGAUUAGUGCACCGACUUGGAAGUUCCAUUUAUGGAUAAAAUUUGAAAUACUGAAUGCAAUCGUCAUAAGUCAACACAUGUGUAUUUGUAGCUUUCGAUCAUCAAAGACGAUCGAAGAUUUUAGCCACAUCGAUUUCCCAAGAAAAUGGCCACUCUUUCAUAUUAGAUAUUUACGUGACUUUACAGUGCAAAACUUUGAAGUGUGCUUACCUUUUCUGUUGCCUCUCAGUGCAUUGUGAUUGAGUGGAAUGAAAUCAUCUCAUUUUCGUCCCCUUAAGGUUUAUUUAAAGCUUAAUUUGUUCAGAAGGUGCAAUUUUUUAAAUAAUCACAGUGAGAUAAACGAAAAAUUCACCUUAUUCCGGAUUUUCUUGGAAAAUGCUCAUGUGAUGGCUAAAGGAUUUCAAGACUUCCUGUUAAAUUCAGAGACAGAAACAUACAAUCUACCCUAGAAAUAUUGUAUUUACUACAAGUAAAAUUCGUUUGUUACCCUUUAGCACAUAUUGGAUCAACAUCCAGAAAAUUUUAGUUUCAAAACACUUUGACUGAUUUACAAAUGUAAAUUGCAACCUUUUAAGUGACAACAAAGAUUUUCUUCGGAACGUACUCGACCUUGUCACGGUAGCUAAGCAUGCACAUUGCGAUUUUGUUUUGUUUUUCCGGAAAACUUCUUAGAAUGCGUAAAAACAGUUCACAGAAUGCUGCUUAAAACUUCAGGGCAUCUCCAGAAGUUUCGAUAAAAGCCGUCGUUUAUAGCGGCCUACACCUGCUAUAAAGUCCUAUAAGACCGCUUACCGCUGUUUGUUUAGCCUGCAAGCUGAGUGUAGUGUUUCAGUCUCGCCUUAUGGCCUUAUUUCUGGGUACAGCCGCCUUUUACACCAUCAGCAGUCGCUUAUGGGGAAAAAAAUAUUGAGACCCCUGCAUCUCUGCGAAGUACCGAUCAAAAUAGUGCGUCGAAAAGCGUGGAAAAUAAGAUGGAUGCUUCCGUACAAAAGCGUCGGUUAAAGAGAGUUAAACUUGCAUUAUGGCAUGCCGAGAGGGACUCGAAGUUAUGGACCUUCACUUGAUAUAAUACGUGUUUACAACUAGAACAUACAUGUCAUUGAAUUUUAAAAUGAGUUUGCUGAUCUCGGGAGGAAAAUGAAACGAAAUUUGAAACAUGAUUACAGAAAGCUGGAGUUUUGCAUCUUUCUAUCCUUCAUCCCUAUAUAUGUUUGCAGUGAAAUAAACUCAAUAAAAAAGCUCUGAAAACAUCUCAUCGGAAGUAAAUAAAUUUUUUUAGCUGCCUUUCUAAGAAAAGAUGGAAAGAUGAUGUACCUCGACUCUUUCUAAGGGAUCAGGAGUCAACAUUGUGGUUGCCGAAGAUGUUACUUAGGUGUAAGGGACUAAGAAAAAGUGUUAAUUUCAGGAAAAGAACCCUAGUACCAGCUAUUUGGAAGUAUUUAAAGUCCAUUUUAUUAUAUCGAGCGACCAUUUUGGUUUGCCGCGGCUCAUUUAUCAUUCGCUCAUGGUUAUCAAAGUUUCUCUUCUUUCAAAUAGAAUUGAAAAACAAGAUUAAUUUCCUUAACUAAGCUUAUUUUUCUAUAGAAGACGAGGGAAAGAUCUCUUAAUUUCCUAGGUGUAAAGUUUUCGUAAGCUGCCCAUUGAGAAUUUCGAAUUUGUAUAGUGAAUAAAACAUUGAACAAACCGAAACAUUUCCGUAAUACCUCCUCGCUCGACAAAUAGAUAUACGGGUUAGAACAUAAAAAAAAAUUAAAGGGCAGUAACAACAACUAUUUGAGAGAAAUCCUUUCCUUUACGGUCAGGAGACGCUGUGCGGCAAGAUCCGAACGGCAAAAAUGACAAAAUUUCAAGACAUUGAAUUCCUGUUAGUAUCACACACUCAUUUUCAACCGUAAGAAUCAUCCACGAAAAAAUUGCCCUUUAGUUGUUUCUUUCUUCAAUGUCGACGUAGAUAGGCAAGUUAAACUGAUUUGGAGCUGAUGAGACAAAAUUGCAAGAGCAUUUCUCAAAGCCGUAGCAUGUGAAGAUAGGCCAACAUUGACAUCAUGGUCACGUACUUAACAAAACCUUCUUAAAGACACAGCAUACAAUAAAUCGGGAUGCUGAGUUUGAAAUUAGUGUGACGGAGUACGUUCCAAAAUUAAAAACUGUUUCGCAUCAUUCAUGUGAUCAGAAGAGAUUCUGAACAAGCUAUGGUUGUUGUUGUUUCUAGGAAACUAUAAGUCUUCAAUCUGACCUUUUCGACAUCACUCAAAGUUUAAUGAUUUUACCUUAAAUGUAAGCUUUCCUUACCUUCAUGGUUAAUUUGUUUUAUCUUCAACUUGCGAUGUUAAUUGUAAAGGACAAAAAAUGGAACGGAUUUGCUGCGGAAGUUAAAGGAGGUUCUUAUGACCUUCGAAACGUAUCUCUCUCUCUCGGAAUAAACACUGAAAUUGGCUUAAAUAACAAUUAUUCAUUCCGAUAAAAAUUCCGUCGAUCGUUCUACUUACGAUCGACUCAAAAUAACCGUUCACAUCUCACAGUGGGUCUAAAAAGAUAAAACAUAGACCUAAACUAAUAUAUUUGAAGUGAAAAAAUUCUUAAUAUGUCGCAAAUAAAUAAUUUGAAGAGCAGAUUCCAAGAGCAGCUUACUUGGUUUACACGCCUGCAUGUUUUCGUGGAAACCAAAAACAUACUCAUGUAAUACGCGAGAGUUGUCAAUAUUUUAAAAACAAAUUCGAUCGAUCAAAUGUAUUGUAUUGUAAAUUUAUACGUAGUUGCUGCAUAUGGCUCAAGUAUUUAUGCAAACUUUAGAAAAGGUAAGAAAUUUGUUCUUCAUUGUAGCUUCGUCCAUCCGCGAAAGCGAAGAAAAUUUCGAUUAUGAUUUGUACUCAAGUGAAAAACUACGUUAUUUUGAUUUCACAACUCACCUUCAGUCAACUUGCGACGACAAAUUCCUCAGUUCUGUGUUUUAUUGGUUCCAACAACGGAGGAAUAUAUAUUUUCGUGUUUAUAUGUACCAUGAAAUACCUAAAUUUUAAGCUCAGACAAGAAAAUACAUUCAUCCUUUCUGAGAAAAUGUGUGUCGUAAUUGUUCAGGAUUCCAAGAAUUUUAUCACACAUCACAGCUUUUCAUUCUCUUGUCAAGCGGUCAGACUUUUACUUAUCCUUCUGAUUGCUUUUUUUUUCUUUUGGAUGUGUGGAAAUGAUCAAAAUAGAUUUCAACAAAACGUUUUUAAGCCCAAUUUUGGACGAGGAGCGAGAAUAUUUAUUUCAAAGUGGACCCGUCACGCGAGUGAAAAGUGUUAUUGUGUGUUAGGUCACGAAAGCCAUUCAAACACAGUGAGACUGGGUAUGUUUCUGUCUUUCCCCAUAUAUUCCAACUUGAGAGCAAAAAGGUGCCGCAAUUAUUUUUUGCCCUUGGGAAAAGUUUUUGAUUGAUUCCUUGUUCUGGAACUCGAAGUUAAUUACUCAGCGUAUCACGAACAUGUUUGCAUAUUUGCAUAUAUCCACAUGUAACUCGGGAUAUCUUGUUAAGUUUGUUGAUACCAGUCGGUUUCUAAGAAAUAGACAGAAAACUCACCAAGUUUAAGGCAUGGGAUUUUAAAACAUAACUAACACUCUUAUAGAAAAAAUAAACUCAAUGCUUUAGCUUAGGGAAAGUUCAAAAAGAUACUCGAAUUGCAUUUCUCAAGACUGUUGUUAUAAGUUAGACGAGUGGCAUAGAUCGCGAUCGAUGUCAUUCGACAGGUUUUUUUUAAGAAAUGUCAUCCAAUUAAGAUAUCACUCGCUGAGGAUAAUUGAGUCAUCUUAGCAUUGAAAGAUAAUAUUGAAAACAACUUCCUGGUGUUUUUUAGAUAACUUGCCCACGAGUUAGGAGUGUAUGAUUCUAUUUAUCAAUCAUUCUUUAAAAAAAAAAAAAACAUUCAAACUACUGUUUACUUACAUGCCAUUGCUCGCAGUUUAUUUAUCUGGGAGUCUUCUAUGCAAUGCAAAAGUUUCAUUCCAGGAAAUUUGGUGCCAAACACCUAAGUUAUUACAAAUCUUCAAUAAUGUUGAUCCAGUAUAAAUAAAUUGUAAUAGGCAUUUUAAACACAGAUUCCUAACUGAAAAUCGAGAGUUGCAAAGAAUAUGUAUGAACCAGAAUAUUACAGCGUAGGUCUUAUUCAAAGCUCUGUUCCAUCUGGCAGGAAUUAACUGUUUUGAAGAAAGAGAGCCAAAAUGGUGGAUAACGGAGAUUCUGUAAAGGGGUCCGUUCAAGAUUCGCUUGAUGAUAAAAAGACGUUACCGACCCCUUUUCAAGAGACUGGUAAUCGACAAGUUUCAGAGCUAGCCCCUCAUCGUCAACCACGGGGAAUUGAAGCUGAAAAUCCAUCAGCAACAAAAAAGCUGGCCGAAGUAAUAGCAGCCCUGCUUGUACUUUUGUUUAACUUGCCGGGGGGAUCCUUUGCCAUUGUUCUGACUACAGCGCGUACAGUGGUUCAAUAUAUACAAAUACCACCAGUAGACGUUGAAGGAAGAGACAAAAUGAAACGAGACGUAGAAGAAAUUCAAAUUAUUAUGAAGGAAAUAUGCAAUGACGAGAGCAAAUUGAAGGACAAGGUAAAUUUGCACUUUCAAGAUACUCACAGCGUCAUUUUACUUAACUUAGAUAACGAUCACUAAGUAUUUGCAUUUCAUCCAUAUUUUGUUCAGAGUGUUCUCGCUUUAAAUUAUACAGAAGAUACUUAAUCAAGAGCAGAUCCUAGGAUAUGUAUGCUGUAGAGCUGUUUAUCAUAAACAUUUCGAAAUUCCCAGCAAAAAAAACCAAACGGCAUCACAAACUUCAGGCGCCAGAGCAGGAAUAAACCUCAAUAGUGUUGACACAACAGUUACAACAGCCAUGAAUGUUACUGAUUCCUCCCACCCCAUGAUUUUCAUGUACUAUUAUUACUAUCAACACCCCUUCUAUCAUCAGUACCAUUACAUGGCAACCAAAGUCAACUGUAAUAAUUAACUGCCAACAUCAGCAAAACUAACUCGUAAACCGCCACAUCGAAAGCGCAAUCGAGCGUUGCCACUUGUAACAAUAAAACCCUGCGCUGGAGAUUUCUAUUGCGUGAUAGUUGAUAGUGGAAAAGCCCGAAAAAACUAUCAAGCAUAGAAAUCGAGAGCGGUUAUCCAAAUGUUUUGGUAGAAAGGUACACUUCUUUCAAAAGUUAACAAGUCAGGCUAAUAUUUUAUAUAAUUUUGUUUACCACCACACACUCUUAGGCUACCCAUCGUACUCGCUCUCUAUCACGGAAUAGAUGGCGAGUAGCGUAACCAAUCAGAUUGUAACAAUUAAGCUAAAGGAAUAGCAAAGUUACCGAGGACCAACAGUAAAUUUCAUGUGUCAAAAUCAUUUUGCAGUUUGGCAACUUCCCUUACCAUUCAACCGUCGACUUGAUAAAGUGGGAAUGGGAUUUGAGAAUCCUGAGGGGUCGUUUAGCCAGAUGUGGAGUCGACAUACACAUUUUACAAGGAUUGGUGACUAAACUGGUAUCAGAGGCGCACACUGCAGUCAAGUGGACGUUUCCACAAGUAAUCACAGGGCUUCUCCUCGCAAGUGCAGUAUUUGGACGUAAGUUGAUCUUUCUUUUGUUUGUAAUAGGGUGUUAGUUUAGUUGCAUCUGACAUUGGCCAAAAAUAAGGAGAUGACAGCAAUAGAGUGCGAGAGAGAGUGUUUAGCUUGACUGCUUUCCCUUAAGACCCUGCACGAAAUCAAACUUAUUCAUAAAAUGAAAUAAUUCCCAAGGAAAGAUAGUGAGCUCGUAAAUACCUCUUACUACUCGAGUUCGAUGUCCGAAAAGCAAGAUACAGCCUCCCCCAACGAGUGGAAAACAGCCGAUAAACACGAGCCAAUCAAAGCUAUGCAUUAUGCUUCAUAAGGUGUCGCGUAACGCUGUCGGCUUUAUCAAUCAAAUUAAAUGCUGAAACAGAGCGAAGUCGAAAUGUCGUUAUCCACACCGUGAGUUACUACAUCUCCUCUUUCCAUUGCUCCAUUUCAAUCGUUCUCUAGAUUGCUAUUACUGGGCUCCCAUGCCAGGCGUUUGGGAAGGAGGUUCUUUGAUCCUGGUGCUGAUUUUGCUCGUGCGCAAGGCUCAAGAUUAUUACAUCAUCGAUCAGAUGGUCCGUGAGGGCAACAGAGUCAAACGCGAAUUAGAAGAGUCCCGGCGCUGUUACAUGAAGUGCAAAGUAACCUUAGAGGAGACCUUGCCUUCUUUGAAAGAGAUGGUUGAUAAAUUUGAUGGUGGGUCUUCCUCACCAAAGAUUAAGAGUGAAUGAUUUGAUUUGCAAAAGGCUCCAAGAGGCUUAUUUAUGAACUAAUUACUGGCAGUAAUAGCUUAAAAAGCAAAGGAAAAAACUCAAAAGCUAGAAGCAAAAGUGGAAGAGAUGAAAACUGAUUUGAUGUCAUUUUGUUGAGUUAUUAAGUAAGUUCUUACCGAAUUUUUCCAAACGAUGACUUACUGCUACUUUCUCUCGAAGAAGAUAAUUCGAAAUCUUCCUCGUGUUAUGAAAGGAUUGUUUUGCUAGCACUCAGAUUUUUGUUCUUCCAGUUUAAAUUUGGAGUUCACAAUGAAUGAAAACAGGUAGGAUUCUACAAAGUACCUCGAAAAGGCCUCUUGAAGCUAAAUGAAGGACUCGAACUAUCACACUUAAUCAAGUAAACCUAGAACAUAACUCAUAAUGUUAACUCUUAUUUUAUAAAGCUUGAGAUAACUCUUAUUUAGGGAACGUGAGUAGAAGCAUAUGGAUACAGCUAAAUAGCUAAUUCACAGACUUUAAAAUUAAUAAGGAGUAUAGUUGGAUAGCCUUAUGAACCGUGACGUAGCUGGAUGAGUGCAACCCUGCUGAAAGAGAAAAAAAAGUUUAUGAAAAAGCCACAAAAUGCUAGUUGCCUUCUCUCACCUUUAUCCGCGCAACAAAGUGGAAAUACGAAGUGACCAUUACGAGUAUCAAACAACUGAAGUCAGACUCAAACAAAGCAUUUUGAUCUUCAAUGGCGUAGCGUAUUUUAUUAUGAUGAACUGUUUCUGCAGGACUCGAUUAAUAUUAAUAUUUAUAGGUAGACACAAGGCACAGAAGGCUUACAACAUUGUUGUUUUAAGUUUCUUAUUGAUUUAUGUAACUGUUUUAAAGACUUCACUGUCGGAAAAUCUAAAUCAUGUUUAUAAACUGACAUCGCAGCUAUUAACAGAUAAAUAAGUAUUACUCUCUAAGUUAAAAUGGAGAUGAAUAAUGUUAGACGACACAAAUCGCUGACGAUGGAUACUGUAUGUCGCUUAGGCAUCUUUUUGUAUUUUACUCUAUUGGUGUUGGGAAAUAAAGGG